AUGACGAGUGGACAAGAACAGGUUAUGGAAGAGGCCAUCCCCGAUCUGUCAUUAGAGCGGACCAUAGUCCAACUCACAUUGAUGAGGUGGUCAAGUCAAAGCCGUACUCAUGAUGGUCUCCUGAAUGAGAAAGAGAGGUUAUCCACUAUCUCCCGGCCUGAAGGCGUGUUUCGCUGGGCUGACUUGCAGAUCCGCGCACUGACAGGACAAAUACAGGACAGGGAUAUUCGGCGAGCACUUUCACGACUUCCCCAAGGCUUGGAAGUAACUUACGAACGAUUGUUGAAGAAGAUAGAUAAUGGCGAUAAGUUUGAAGAGGCCUAUGCUAUCUUCAGAUGGUUGGCUUUCUCAACAACACAGCUGAACUUGACAGCUAUGUCAGAGUUGGCUGCUUUCGAGACCAAUGAUCCAGAAUGCCUACCAGGGUCUGAUGAAUUCCCGAUCCUUUUCAGCACACGCAAUCGAUUUGACGAUCCUACGGAUUUGCAGAACCUUCUUUCCGACCUCGUCAUCAUUCCUGAUGGCGACAACCCAUACCGGGCUUUUCCGUCCUUUGCCCACAGUACGGUGCUGAAGUACCUGAUGAACCCAAGGGUUUCACCCGCAAAGUUUCACCUUGAUCGCCCCGAUGCUACUUGGUUCAUCUUAAAAGGUUCGUGGGCGUAUAUGGUACGUUACGAUUCUUCACCCCAACGUUCCAAGUUCAAGCCUUAUCCACUGCUGGGGUACGGCUGCUAUCAGGUUUGGGAAUGCGCCCUGGAGCUCGUGCAGGGGAGCAUAGCUUUAAGCAGUCGGAUCGCAAAGCAUCUAACUUCGACAUCGGCUGAAGAGCUUUCAAGUAAUGGAACUGCCUCUAAAUUCUCAAUUUGGUGGUUUUGUCAUAGGAUGGAACUCCCAGGGGAGUUCCUUGCUAUGACACUGCUCGAGCUUUUGGACUCAACAAAACUGCAACAUAGAAUGCCAUCAAUUGGGGGUUAUAUAUACUUGAUAACUUCCAUUAAGAACGGCAGAUUGCUCAUCAAUGCUGCUGGGGCUGACGUGUUCAAGCCCUACAAGAAUAUCAUAGCAGGUGGUGAGAACAUGACCGUUCUGACAGAACUGCUCGAAGCGGGCGCCAACGUUAACGGCGUCGGUUCGUCAGGCAAUGCAGCGAUACAUCUCGCUGCCACUCAUGGUCACCUCGAUAUUGUCACCUUUCUCACCGAACAAAAAGGAGUGCAUCUAGAUAGUCCUAACGGGAAAGGAGAGACUCCUCUCUUGCUAGCUUUCAUGCACAGUCGCACGGCUGUUGUCGCACUGCUACUGGGUCUCUCUGGUUCCGAUUCCCACCGCGCGGAUGAAGGGGGUAGGACUCCGCUGUCAUGGGCAGCUACGAGAAGUAAUAAGGUACUUUUUGACCUACUGCAUCAGGAUCAAAAUGUAGAUGUGAACAAGAACGAUUGUCAUGGACGGACGCCAUUAAUAUGGGCUGCGAUAGCAGGGCAGCAGGUCUUCAUCAAAAGCCUGCUAUCCGAUCCGAGAAUUGAGCCAGAUGCGCGAGAUCAUUUGGUUCGGACUGCUGUAUCUUGGGCCGCAUUUGGUGGGUAUUAUCACCCACUGCAAACUUUGUGGCUAGACAACCGUGUCACAAAAUACCCCUGUGACUACGAGGGAAGGAAUUUGUUAUCUUAUGUUUGUGAUCAGGGCCAUGAGUCUUUGGCGAGAGACUUGCUCUUGGCAGCUGAUCUCGAUAUCAACAGACCCGACUACUAUCAACGAACGCCACUGAUAUGGGCAAGACUUCAAAGGUACUCUCAAAUUGAAAGGUUAUUGCUCGAUGACCCCAGAGUCCUCGAACUUGACCCAGAAUCGACUCCGGCACUUUCAACCGCGGGCAUACAGCUUCCCGAUGAAUAUAUCUGGGACAGACCCAUGACACCGCUAGCUUGUACUAAGGUUACGGGGAAAGGGGACGCCAGUGCUUCUUUUCCAUCAAAUGGGAUGAGCAUUUCUAGGAAAUCUACCGUCGAUGGUGUUGGUUCUGAGAUAUGGACUCUUGAAUUUUCGCCUGACGGGAGGCCCAAGGUCUCACUUCAAGGGUAUGUGUGGGGAGUGCCCAACGCUGCUUGGGGACCGAAAAGUUCCAAGUUACUGCCAUGUUGUCGUGAUGGUUAUUUGCGUCUCUGGGAUUUCGAGUUUUGUCGAUCUUUCCCCGAUGGCAAACGUCUUGCCGCUAUCGACAACAAUCACGCACUCCAUAUAUAUACCACGGACGAUCAAAAUCUACAGCUCAAAAUACAGCUUCCAAGCCGCGCCAGUUCCCACGCAGUCAGCAAGGAUUCAAAGAACGUUCUGGUGCGGCUGGCAAGCGGGGAAAUUCUCUUGGUCAACUCAGCGUCUGGCCUCUUUCACGCCCUUUCGUCUGGCGGGAGCCCCGGUGAUUUUGUAAUUGGGUGUCGUUUUGGGGGAGAUGAUGAAUCUCUAGUUCUUACUGGGGGUGAUGAUGGCUAUAUCUUCAUUUGGGAUCGAGAGACGGGUAAUUUGGUAUCAAGAGUGAAAGCGCAUAGUGCGCUUUGCAACGACAUUGUGGUUCAUCCGUUGUGUUCUUCGUUGUUUGCUUCUUGUAGCGAUGAUGGAACAUUCGCCUUGCAUGUCUUGUUCAUUGUUUCAUUCGCUUCCGGGAUUGUACUUUGA